AGUGACAUCGAAAUGGAAAGUCUUGUUAAAUUUCUUUUUUGUGUGGUAACAAUUGCAGGUUCGGGUUUUGUUUACGGCUUCCACACAGGUUUCCUCAAUAUUCUCUCAGCGACACUGAUGCAAUGGUAUGACGACGUUUCAGACGAGCGGCUCGAUACAAAGCAAAUUAAGGAGCCCUUAAACCUGGGAGCUAUUCACGCUUGGGUCACAAUUUCCUUUUCGAUUGGAGGCGUGAUCGGAGCUGCCCUUAUAUGGCCCUUCGCCACUUACCUCGGCCGAAAACUAUCUCUUUUCUGCAGUAACUUAAUAGUGGUGUUUGCGCUUAUCAUCGUGAGUUUUGUCAGUCCUUCAAGCACUUUCGAAUUGCUGAUUUUCGGAAGAGUCCUUCUGGGUGUGUCGGCCGGAAUUAACAGUGGAAUAGGACCAAUGUACUUGGUCGAAAUCUCGCCUCACUGCCUGCGAGGCUUUGCCGGGAGUUGUUAUUACCUGAUUGUGGCUUUAUCAAUUUUCAUGGCUUAUGUUUUCACCCAUCCUACGAUAAUGGGGGAAAUCGAGACGUGGUCUUAUGUUUUUGUCGUGUCGGGAUGCCCGAUUAUAAUUCAGUCUAUAAUGCUUAUAUUUUGUCCCGAAAGCCCCAAAUACCUCAUGUUCGAUAAAGGGGAUGAGGAUAGAGCCGAGGACGCGGUAGCGGACAUUGAAGGGGAAGAAAUCGACGAAGAAAUGGACGAUUUGAGGGAAGAAAUGGCCCUUUUGGACGAAAUUGGACCAGUGACAAUAGAACGGCUGUUCAAAGAUGAGACUUUGAGGAACCCUUUAAUAAUCUCGGCUGUCGUCAUGUUGGGACAACAAAUGACAGGAGUUACCUGUUUGUUGUACUUUUCGUGCGUAAUUUUCGAACACCUGGGCUUCGACGAUUUCAAAGCCAACGCAAUGGCUCUAGGUCUAGCUUUCGUGAACUGGUUUUGCGCCCUUGUGUGCGUAUUUGCGGUGGACAAAGUGGGCCGCAAGCCUCUAUUGCUGGCUAGUUAUUUCGGUAUGGUGCUAACAGUGUUUUGUUUUACUCUCACGAUGAUUCUAAUGUCAAUUUCAGUGCGACCUAAUCAAGCCAUUGACACAAUCGCCGUCGUUCUGAUUUAUCUAUAUGUGAUGUUUUUUGCGCUUGGCGCUGGUACCAUUGGGUGGUUCUUUACGGCAGAAAUUUCGAACCAUUUCGCCAGACCCAUCACCGUUUCUAUGACGGUGAUGUUGUACUGGAUCGUCCAACUUAUUUUUGUUGGGUGCUUUUUACCUUUUUGGUUCAUGAUUCACACUUAUACGUUUUUGUUUUACAUUAUAUUCGAUAUUGCGACAGUUGCUUUUCUCUUACUAACGCUAAGGGAAACCGCAAUGGUGCCUAGUGUCGAUAUCACGGAAAUGUUUUAUGAUUAAACUUUUCGCCGAUGUCACUUUUGAAAAUAAAUUUUUUA